UUGUUUAUUAUUAUUAUUAUUAUUAUUAUUAUUAUUAUUAUCACCACUACUACUACUAUUAUCAUCAUUAAUAAUAAUUGUUGUUGUUACAAACUUUCUUUUACAUAUAUACAUAGAUACAUAUUUCUUUUCUUCUUCACCUUGUGUGCGGGUGGUGUAUAUUUUGGCGGAAAAUUUUCAGCACAAUCGAAGAAGGGUCGGCAAACUUAUCAGCGAUAUCAGACGUCGGUGUUGGAAAGCAAAUUUCAGCAGAGCAGUUAUGUAAGCAAAAAGCAACGCGAAGAACUCCGGGCACAAACGCAUUUGACGGAUCGGCAAAUAAAAAUUUGGUUUCAAAAUCGACGCAUGAAAGCCAAAAAGGAGAAGAACCGUACCGAAGAGCAGAACGAGCAUUCGGCGCUAUUACCUGCUAAUCCACCGAAGGUGAUGGUAACUACACAGACGGAAACGUCGGAACCCGAGAAGAAGUCCACCUGCGUGAACCUGGGAUGGUCGACGGUAUCAGCGGUACCGUCGAUGCCACAGCCUUGGGGCGUUGGACAUCCACCGCCACAUCCGAAAGACAAAAGAAAAAAAAGAGAAAAAACAACAAUUUUUUUUCUGUUUUUCUCUACAAUUUGGGGUAGUUUUUCAGAUGGUUCAAGGAAGAGAGGAAGGCAAACAUACAGUCGUCAUCAGACUCUCGAAUUGGAGAAGGAGUUUCACUAUAACAAAUAUCUGACUCGAAGACGUCGCAUUGAGCUAAACCGAAGUCUCGGUCUUUCUGAACGCCAAAUCAAAAUUUGGUUUCAAAAUCGUCGAAUGAAGAAGAAAAAAGAAGAUAAAGCGAAACAGGAGCACAGAACAUAGGA